CCCCCCCUCCCGCCGAGUCCGCCCUUUUCUCGACGUUUGUUUGUACUUCCACUCUUCACCCACCUCGACAACCCCCAAUUGACUUGAAACCUUGCCUGCGGCCGCUCUUUCUGCCCACCUAUCGUAUCCACCACUCAGCGACGACAAUGGCGGACACCGUGAUUCAACCUGAGCAUGGGGACAGUGCCGGCAACAUGGAGCUCCGCGACAACACUGUCAUCAUCGUGUUGGGCGCCUCCGGUGACUUGGCCAAAAAGAAGACUUUCCCCGCUCUCUUCGGUCUCCACCGCAACAACUUCCUACCCAAGAACAUUCGCAUCGUCGGAUAUGCGCGGACAAAGAUGGACCACGAGGAGUACCUCAAGCGCGUCAAGUCCAACAUCAAGACACCCACAGAGGAAAUCGAGAAGCAGCUGGAAGAGUUUUGCGGCUUCUGCACAUACGUGUCGGGCCAGUACGACAAGGACGAGUCCUUCAUUGAGCUUCGCAAGCACUUGGAGGAGCUCGAGGAGGGUCGCAACGAAACACACAGGAUAUUCUACAUGGCACUCCCGCCCAGUGUGUUUACCACAGUCUCACAGCACCUGAAGCGUAACUGCUACCCCAAGAACGGCAUUUCUCGAGUCAUUGUCGAGAAGCCGUUUGGCAAGGAUCUGCCAAGUUCCAGAGAGCUCCAGAAGGCUCUCGCACCAGACUGGACCGAAGAUGAGCUUUACCGAAUUGACCACUACUUGGGCAAGGAAAUGGUCAAGAACAUCCUCAUCCUUCGAUUCGGUAACGAGUUCUUUGGCGCAACUUGGAACAGAAACCACAUCGACAAUGUCCAGAUCACAUUCAAGGAGCCGUUUGGAACAGAAGGUCGUGGUGGCUACUUUGACGAGUUUGGCAUUAUCCGUGAUGUUAUGCAGAACCAUUUGUUGCAGGUGCUUACCCUCCUUGCUAUGGAGCGACCCAUCUCCUUCUCUGCCGAAGACAUCCGUGACGAGAAAGUCCGUGUCCUUCGUGGAAUGGCCUCGAUUGAACCUAAGAAUGUCAUCAUCGGGCAGUACGGAAAGUCACUCGAUGGCACAAAGCCAGGCUACAAGGAGGACGACUCAGUCCCCAAGGACUCCCGAUGCCCUACUUUCGCAUCGAUGGUCGCCUACAUCAAGAACGAGCGGUGGGAUGGCGUGCCGUUCAUCCUGAAGGCAGGUAAAGCAUUGAACGAGCAGAAGACAGAAGUCCGCAUCCAGUUCAAGGAUGUGACCUCGGGCAUCUUCAAAGACAUCCCGCGAAACGAGCUCGUCAUUCGCGUGCAGCCCAACGAGUCUGUCUACAUCAAGAUGAACUCCAAGCUGCCGGGUCUUAGCAUGCAGACAGUUCUUACCGAGUUGGACCUUACUUACAGGCGACGAUUCUCUGACCUGAAGAUCCCCGAGGCGUAUGAAUCGCUCAUUCUCGAUGCGCUGAAGGGCGACCACUCCAACUUUGUUCGUGACGAUGAACUCGACGCUAGCUGGAGGAUCUUUACACCUCUGCUGCACUACCUCGACGACAACAAGGAGAUCAUUCCUAUGGAGUACCCCUACGGUUCCCGUGGUCCGGCCGUAUUGGAUGACUUCACGUCGUCCUACGGAUACAAGUUCAGCGACGCUGCAGGCUACCAAUGGCCAAUGCCUCCGGAGGAGAAGUUGUGAUAACUUUCGGAUGCUCUUAAACAUGUUGUCGGUGUUGGAGUAUUACGUGAAGGCAAGUGCAAACCAUAGGUUAACAGCCAUUCUCGCGGUUAGGUCAGGAGAUAUCGAG